AGCUCUCAGAUGCAGUGAUGCUGGGGGCCCUGCCGCCACCUAGUGGUCACUCGGUGCCACGACAACACCACACAGCCCGCAGAUAAUAGGACACACCUGUUGAUGUGUAAUUUAUGUGGCUGCCGUCUGAGUUCAUGCGGCUCAGUGUCCGAUCAAGACCUUUGCUUUGAAAACACAGACAGCAUCAGUCCGUGACGAUGAAGAAGAAGGGGCUAAGAGAUCAAAGGCACAUCUGGAGACAGAGUCCAGGCUGGUGUCACAUGGAAAAUACUGUCAAAGUCAAAGUAGUCCACAUUGAUUGACACAUCAAUCCACCUGUGCAUUGAGAGACAAGCAGAAACCUCAGCUGAGAUCAGGGUUUCUCUAAAAUCCAGCCCCCUAUGUCCUCUGGGAUGAAAUGUCGCACAUAAGUCCGACCACGCCACCCAAUCUGACAGAAGGUUACCCGGUGACCAACCUGACUUUGGUCGUCCUUCUGCUCAUCCCCUGCGUGGUCAUCCUGCUGCUGCUCAACUGCCUCUUCCUGGGCUACAAGUUCCUCAUCCUGUCGAAGAGCAGCAGCGGCCGACAGAAGCGGGAGGACGCGGAGGAGAUGCUCCUGCAGUCCGGCCUGCACAGAGUCGGGAGAGCGUCCGACUCGCCCUUUCCCCCGCUGCAGGACGGGAGGAGAGUCUACGUGUCCGCGUCGGAGCCCAUCCUGCCGCACCCCGUCACCUCGUCCAGGGCCUCGUCCAGGGAGAGGGCCGGGGCGGAUCACAGGAUCCGGCUCCUGAGGCCGGACGGCGCCACCGGCUCGGGGUCCCUGAGGGCGCCGAGCACCAUCCGGGCCACUUCCCCCGCGGCAGGUUUCAGCCCCAGACUGGAUCUGGCCUCCGGAUCACGGACACACAGCGUUGGCAAAGCCCGCUGGUGCAGGAGCGCACCGCUCCUACCGCAGUCCAGCGACUCGGAGGCUGAAACCAGGGUCAACCUUGUUCCGCCAAACUCUCCCAUGCAGGAGACAGAACACGUGGGUUAUAUUUAUCGGAGCAGUGCCUAUGAGAUGCUGACCGAUGUGAAUCCAGCUGCUGCAGUGUACGUGUUUGACAAAGUAGACAUGGAGUGCGAGUACAACAGCCGGCCCUCCGAGACGUCCUGCCUCAACACAUCUGCAGUGGGUCCUGGACUCGACAGCGACUUUGGUGCAAGUGCAGGUGUCUCCCUGCGGAUUUUGUCAGCAGACAGUGACGGUCUGUCCAACGGUGUGCUGAGUUCAGCCUUGGAUUGGGAUUAUUAUGACCCCUGCUACGUCAAACAGAAUAAUGUGCCCAAGCAUAAACACCACAGGCCUGCAGUUCACACCAAACAGUACUGGGUCUGAUACCAUCAAUGGUUUUAAAGUAUGUUUUAUUUAAUUUUAUUUAAAUAAUUUAUUUUCAUAUUUCUUUGGAAAGACACAUUUAAUGUAUUUGUAUUUAGUUUGUCACUAAUCACUGUUACACCAGUUCAAAUUUUAUUUAUUUAUUCAUUGAACACACUGCCACUAAAGUUGAUCAAUUGUGAAUCAUGUACUAUGCACCGUUACUUAAAUUACCGUGAAACGUUUACUGUGCACUUUUCAGUUCAGCUACUGUUUAUUAUCGUCACUAUUUUGUAAAACAACUGUUCGGUCACCUCCAGAUUUCAUUAUCACUCACAUGAUUUAUAGUCACUAUUAUUGUUUGAUGUUUUCACUUUAAUAAAUACAAAUUUAUAUUCUAA